AUGUAUUACAAUUCAGCAUCUCCAGUAAACCAUUCAGAUACACUACACUCUUUGAAAAUACUCCUUUUUAAUCUCAGUAAUUCUUCACUAAUGUCUACACCACCAGCUAAUCUACUAGUUAUGCACAGAAGACAAUUCAAUGAAAGGAUAUCUUUUAUGCCAUUACAGUUAUGCCCUCAGGGACUAUCAACAAGUUCACUACAACUAACAACGACCUCAUCCUUUAUAUCGACUUAUCCAACAGAUGCUGUAACACUGUCUAGGCCACAACGUAUUAAAUCGAUACGUCGUAAAUUUUUCAUCUCUGAAAGUGCUAAUAUUCAAGAAAUUUUAACUGAUCCAGAUGACCAGCUCAUUAAGGCUAUCUGUGAACGUUACAAAUAUGAUAUAGAAAUCUAUUCUAGACUUCCAUGGUGUGGAUUUUUACAAUAUAUUAUCAUACUAUCCGCAUGUGAUAUAUGUACACUGAGACGAUGUGCACGUACUUUAGAUUCCAGACUUAAUUGGUGCUUGACAGCACAAUUACGAUAG